AUGCCCGAGCCGCGCCGAGUUAAAGUAGGCACUCUCGCCGACUCGUUGUGGGCCCCUGGCCGAUCUGAAGACCGCGCUGCUGCUUUCCGCGCUGAGAGAGUAGCCAAAGCUGCGGGAACAGGCUUUUAUCGCCCUACACCCUCUUCUAAUGAUGAUGAUGAUAAUGAGCCGGAGCUCAUUCUUGUAUUUGAUCCACAUAUCGAAGCUCAAUUGAACAAGUAUCUCACCCCACCACAAUCUCCUGUUCAACGACCUGUUCCUGCCAUCAUCGCACAAACAACCCAACCACGACAAGCCCAGAAUAUCUCCGAGGCGGAUUUCUUCGCAGCCUACGAAGCCAGAAGCAAAGCUAAGAACCCUACUCCAAGCCCUUCUUCAGCUUCAAAGUCUUCGCCCACCUCUAGUCUCAAGCAAGCCAAGUCUCAAGCUCAAUCUUCGACUUCAAGCAAUUCCUCACCUUUGAAGCUCAACCCAACUGCCGCUCCAUUCCGAGUUACCUCUAAUCUUGAGCAAGCCAAGUUCCAGGCAAACUCUUCGACUUCAAGCACUUCGUCACUCUUGAAGCUCAACCCGACUGCCGCCCCAAUCCAACAACGUUCUUCUUCGGCCAUGGCAGCAACAGUCCAACCACGACAAGCCCAGAACAUCUCCGAGGCAGAUUUCUUCGCAGCCUACGAAGCCAGAAACAAAGCUAAGCAGCCGACUGCAAGCGCUUCUUCAGCUUCCAAGUUGUCACCCACCUCUGGUCUCCAGCAAGCCAAGUCUCUGGCUCAAUCUUCGACUUCAAGCAAUUCCUCACCUUCGAAGCUCAACCCAAUUGCCGCUCCAUUCCAAGUUACCUCUAAUCCUGAGCAGGCCAAGCGUCAGGCUAAGUCUUCACCUUCAAGCACCUCGUCACUUUCGAAGCUGUCACCUACCGCGACUCCCUUCACGAUGAAUGUCACUGCUUCCAGAAAUAUUCUCGUGACUGGCGCCACCGGUCCCUGGCCUCAAUUCGGUGUCGAGUGCAUUGAUGAGAAUUGGGUCACUGUCUCCGGCCUUGAUCAACCCGAGCUCGAGUUUGACGAUCGCGUCAGCGAGGCCGGUCUUGAAGAUCUCCCUCGUCAAAUCGUGCGCGCCACCGAGGGCAACGACAUGACCAACCAACUACUUGACUGGGACGGAAAGCGCUGGGCUCCUCCUCCAGCCUGUUGGGAGAACGAUAGAGCUGGCUUCGAUGGUGCAUUUGUCCCUAACUACGUUCGCGAGUGGGUUCAAACUACCCCAUCGGGCGAAGAAGUCACCUUGAGCACUAGUACCGACGCGUUCAUCGACGGAAAGGCUCCUGUCGACAACGACGUCCUCAUUUCACCUGUCUCUCAACCUGAUAUCGUCCAAAACCCAAACCCAGAUUCCGAUCUUGUCACCAAGGCACCAACAUCUGAGGCCGCUGUUCUCCUAGCUCUGAACAAGCAGAAGGCUGCCAACAACAAGAAUAAACUCAACAAAGCUACGAUCAAGCACCAGAACGAGCAAUUGGCAGCUUUUGUCCCUGGACCCAGCCCCUUCCAACCAGCAAUGGAGAUGUAUCUUCGUCCCGCCGAGCCAAAGGAUGCUGCCGGUAUUGCUGCAAUCUACAAUAUGGCCAUUCAAUCAUCCAAUAUUCCCGAAGAUCAAGCUCCCAUCACAGCUGAACAGGUUGCGUGGUUCAUUACCGAAUUUAAGGACAAAUUACCAUUCAUUGUCGCCGUUCGCGGUGCCUGCCCAAAGGUCCAUAGCACGGAUAGCUUGGAACAAGUCAUUGGCUACGCUCGUUGUGAACCAUUCGACUUCGGCAUGGUCGGUGCAACUGACGGUCGCUCUCGUGGUACUGGUCUUCUACACGUCUACGUUGAUCCCCAGUUCCGCCGCAAGCGCGUUGGUUACAACCUCAUGGACCGUCUCUUGCAUAUUCUCUCUCCUGGUCACGCCUACAUGGAAGGUGCCAAAUGGGUAAAUCCGACAGGUAGCAAGUACGCCGAGACUGCUGGUUGUGGACGCUGGCACCAACUCUUCUUCAAGUUUGCCGUCUUCAAGGAUCGAGAUGAUACUUACGAGUGGAUGAAGAGCUUCCUUUAUGGAAAGUUCUACUUCAAGGAGACUGCACGACUUCCUUCUGCUGCUCGAAGCAAGCUCGCCUCCAGAGAUGCUCAAUUCAUGGAUCUCGUCUUCCUUCAACGCGAGGCCAUGCCAGCUGGUGAAUUCGAGCCUUACAUGUAAAGCUCAUCGUCGCC